GCAGCCCCUCGGCGGCACCGGCGGGUUCGGCCGCUCGCCCGCCCGCGCCCCCGCCCCGCCCCGCGCGCCCGGCCCGGCCCCGGCACCAUGAGCGACCAGGAGAGCCCCGAGGAGAUGUCGGCGGUGAAGCCCGACAAGGGCGAAGGCGACGCCAGCAGCACCAGCAGCGCCGGCGGCGGGGAGGCCCAGGAGUCGCAGCCCUCCCCGCUGGCCCUGCUGGCAGCCACCUGCAGCCGCAUCGAAUCUCCCAACGAGAACUCCAACAGCUCCCAGGGCCAGCAAGGCGGGAGUGGGGAGCUCGACCUGAACGCGGCCGCCGCCCAGAUCGCCCAGUCGGCCAACGGCUGGCAGAUCAUCUCGGCGGGCUCCAGCACCCCCACGGGCUCCAAGGAGCCGGGCAGCAACGGCAGCAAUGGCAGCGGUGACGCCUCCAAGAGCCGCCCGGUGAGCGCGGGGCCGUACGUGGUCACCUCCGCCUCGGGCCUGCAGAACCAGCAGGUGCUCACGGGCCUGCCGGGAGUCAUCCCCAACAUCCAGUACCAGGUGAUCCCCCAGUUCCAGACCAUAGACGGGCAGCAGCUGCAGUUUGCCACCACCCCUGCCCAGGUGAACGUGCAGCAGGAUGCCUCCGGGCAGCUCCAGAUCAUCCCCGGCUCCAACCAGCAGAUCAUCACGAGCCGCGCGGGGAGCAGCAACCUCAUCGCCAUGCCCAACCUGCUGCAGCAGGCAGUGCCCAUCCAGGGCGUGGGCCUGGCCAACAACAGCCUCUCUGGGCAGACCCAGUACGUGGCCAACGUGCCCGUGGCCCUGAACGGCAACAUCACCUUGCUGCCGGUCAACAGCGUGGCCGCCAGCCUGGCGCCCACGUCCCAGACGGGCACCCUGAGCAGCUCGGGCUCCCCGGACAGCAGCUCCCAGCCGGCCACCUCGGGUGCCACCAGCAGCUCUGCCAGCACGGCCUCGUCCCAGGCCAGCUCGGGCGCCUUCUUCACCAACGCCAACAGCUACUCCACCACCACCACCACCAGUAACGUGGGGGUCAUGAAUUUCUCCACCAGCGCCACGGUGGGAACCAAUUCGCAGGCACAGACGCCCCAGAGGGCCAGCAGUGUCCCGAGCUCGGACUCCCUGCAGAGCCCCGUGUCCGGGGUGGCUCUGCAGCCAGGGCAGCAGAAGGAGGGGGAUCAGAGCCAGCAGUCACAGCAGCAGCAGCAGCAGAUCCUGAUCCAGCCCCAGCUGGUCCAAGGAGGGCAGACAAUCCAGGCCCUCCAGACCGCCCCGCUCUCCGGCCAGACCUUUGCCACUCAAGCCAUCUCCCAGGACGCCCUGCAGAACCUGCAGCUCCAAGCUGUCCCCAACUCCGGCCCCAUCAUCAUCCGCACGCCCACGGUGGGUCCCAACGGGCAGGUGAGCUGGCAGACCAUCCAGCUCCAGAACCUGCAGGUGCAGAACCCCCAGGCCCAGACAAUCACCUUGGCCCCCAUGCAGGGAGUGUCGCUGGGGCAGACGGGCAGCACCAGCACCACGCUGACCCCCAUCGCCUCCCUCCCCAGCGGCACCGUCACCGUCAACGCUGCCCAGCUCUCCUCCGUGCCGGGCCUCCAGACUAUUAACCUCAGUGCCUUGGGAGCAUCCGGGAUCCAGGUGCACCAGCUGCAGGGGCUGCCCCUGGCCAUCGCCAACGCCCCCGGUGACCACGGAGCUCAGCUGGGUCUGCACGGUGCCAGUGGGGACGGGCUGGGGGACGAGAGCGCGGCGGUGGAGGAGGGAGAGACCAGCCCCGACCCCCAGCCCCAGCAGGGACGGAAACCACGGAGGGAAGCCUGUACCUGUCCCUACUGCAAAGAAGGAGAGGGCAGGAGCUCUGGGGAUCCAGGUAAAAAGAAGCAGCACAUCUGCCACAUCCCGGGCUGCGGGAAGGUGUACGGGAAGACCUCUCACCUGCGGGCUCACCUGCGGUGGCACACGGGCGAGAGGCCCUUCAUCUGCACGUGGGUGCUGUGCGGGAAGCGCUUCACCCGCUCCGACGAGCUGCAGCGGCACAAGCGCACGCACACAGGGGAGAAGAAAUUCGCCUGCCCGGAGUGCCCCAAACGCUUCAUGCGCAGCGACCACCUCUCCAAGCACAUCAAGACCCACCAGAACAAGAAGGGAGGUGCCACCAACGUGGCCAUGAACGUCUCGGCCGUCCCCAUGGACACGGCGGCCUCGGCCGAGGGCAACGGCGGGGCCACGCCCUCGGCCCUCAUCGCCACCAACAUGGUGGCCAUGGAGGCCAUUUGCCCCGAGGGCAUCGCCCGCCUGGCCAGCAGUGGCAUCAACGUCAUGCAGGUGGCCGACCUUCAGUCCAUCAACAUCAGCGGCAACGGCUUCUGAGCCCGGAGCCGCCGGAGCCGCCGGAGCGCGGCGUCACGGCGAGGGGCCCUCGGCGCCUCCAGCACUAACCCCCCGACCAGGAUCGCUGCCACCUCCGGGGCCGCCGACCACAUUCGAAGGCCAGAGCUAUAUAUAUAUAUUUUUUAAUUUCGGCUUGA